AUGGUGAUGAAGAUCGCGCUUAUAGCGCUUCUCUACUAUCCGCUAUCCAUCGGCCUUACAUUUUAUCAAAAAUGGCUGUUAAAAAGUUAUAAAUUGCCUUUGUUUGUGGUAUGCUGUCAUUAUAUGGUGAAAUGGUUUGCUGCUGUUUCUAUUCGCUUCGUUUACGAGGUCUUUCGUAGGAAAAGGAUCCGACUUCAGAUGAAAGAACAGCUCAGGUGGCUUGCUCCUAUUGGGAUAUGUGCCUCGUUGGACAUCGGUCUUUCGAAUUGGGCACUUGAAUAUGUCACUGUCAGCCUAUGGCGUCCUACUCUUGGCUUAGAGGCAGGAUUAAUUGCAAGUGGGCUUUUCCUGUUCACAUGGAAUUCCACGCAGCUUGACCUUACUGGAUUGUUACUGGUAGAACUGGCUGCGUCUUGCACUGGAGUUCGAUGGACUGUGUCUCAGUUGGUAAUGCAAAGAGAAGAACAGGCUUUGAAUCAUCCUCUGGAUAUGGUUGCUCAUGUUCAGCCCUGGAUGCUCAUUCCAAUCAUACCUCUCAUCGUUAUAUUCGAAGGUCCGGAGCUUUCUUACAACAAGGCGUUUUUCUACAACGGCAACUACGCGGCAGUCGAAAUCGCAUUUCUAAUAAUCUGUGGAGGUCUGCUUGCGUUUUGUAUGGAGAUGUCAGAGUACCUGUUGCUUGUGAAUACGUCUGGGAUCACCUUGAAUAUUUUUGGAAUAGUCAAAGAGGUCGCUACACUUUUGCUGGCACAUAUCGUCAAUAAUGACCGGCUUUCAUGGAUAAAUCUUAGUGGUUUGGUUCUUUGUCUACUGGGAAUGGCACUGCAUGGAAUGUCACGGAAGCGACAACGGUAA